AAUUAUCAAGACUCGAACGCAUCAUAACUGUAUUGCAUUUUCGUAUCGAUACCUGAUCAAUUAUUUCUCAUUUUUUUAAUUUCUCUAGAAAAAAUUAUUAAAAUAUUUAUGUCGCGGACAAUGUGACGACCGGGAACCGGCUACAGCCGGUAGACGUGAGUAGCAUGGUCAUGAGUAUAAGUAAAGGGUGAGACGAUGAGAUAAGUCACACAGCUAAACCACACUCUUCCUUCCACUCUCCACUCUCUCUCUCUCUCUCUCUCUCUCUCUUCCGCAACUCCGACCAACUACUCGCCGCCGGUCAAACACCACCAUGCCGAUCAGAAACAUAGCCGUCGGCCACGUCGGCGAGGCGACCCACCCGGACGCCCUGAGGGCCGGCCUGGCCGAGUUCUUCUCCACCCUGAUCUUCGUCUUCGCCGGUGAGGGUUCCGGCAUGGCCUUCUCCAAGCUCACCGACGGCGCCGCCAACACCCCCUCCGGCCUCAUCGCCGCCUCCAUCGCCCACGCCUUCGCCCUCUUCGUCGCCGUCUCCGUCGGCGCCAACAUCUCCGGCGGCCACGUCAACCCCGCCGUCACCUUCGGCGCCUUCCUCGGCGGCAACAUCACCCUCCUCCGCGGCAUCCUCUACUGGAUCGCCCAGCUCCUCGGCUCCACCGUCGCUUGCCUCCUCCUCAAGUUCGCCACCGGCGGCCUCGAAACGGCGGCGUUUGGCCUGUCAGCGGGAGUGGGCGUAUGGCAGGCGGUCGUUUUGGAGAUCGUGAUGACGUUCGGACUCGUGUACACCGUCUACGCGACGGCGGUGGACCCCAAGAAGGGAAGCUUGGGGACCAUUGCUCCGUUGGCCAUCGGUUUCAUCGUCGGAGCCAACAUUCUGAUCGGCGGGGCCUUCGACGGAGCGUCCAUGAACCCGGCUGUGUCGUUCGGACCGGCUGUGGUCAGCUGGAGCUGGGAGAACCACUGGGUCUACUGGGUCGGACCGCUGAUCGGAGGCGGGCUGGCCGGAGUGAUCUACGAGGUCAUCUUCAUCGGCUACGGGACCCACGAGCAGCUCCCCACCACCGAUUACUAGGCGGUUGCAUUAAUUAAUGGCUCGCGGCUUUUUCUGGAUUUAAUUUCAUGUAUUUAUCUAUCUUUAAUCUGGUUUAUGAGGUGGGUUUAAGGAUGGAUUAGUGUUGUGUUUGGAUUUGUAAUCGUGCUUUGGAAAAUUCCGUUUUGUUAAUCCAAGGGGUGGGUGUGUAAUUUGUUGGGUUCCCCUCUCUUUCGGUUGUAAGAUUAUUGUGCUUCGUCGACACAAAUUUGAUCGAGUGACGUGGCGUCGUAUCGGUCAACACAAAUUUGUUGCCAUUUCUCCUUAAUCGCUUUGCUUAUGUAGUUAAAAGUUAAUUAGAGGUUAGGGGUCAUUUUCCGUGGAUCAACGCUGAAAGAGAAUAAUUUGAAAACUGCGGAUAAAGUAGGCAAAAAGUAGUUCAAAUUCAAUUAUUGAAUGAAGGUAACGUUAAUUACUACUUCAUUAUCAUUAUCUUAAUGUGUAAUCACGCUGAAAAUGAGGAUUUGCUACUUAAAACGUGGAUGUGCUGGCGUCUCUACAGCGGUUGAGCUUUUAGUUGAGAGCUACCUCAUGAUAAGGUUUUUUAAUUAGUAUACAAAAUCGGAUUAGAGUGUUAAUGAAUUUCUGUUCUGGUUGUGUCGUAGGAUCAUAUUAAGAUCACAACAACAACGCAUUAAUAGAGCACGUAUAUAUAUUUUUUUUGUACGAAGGUGAUAUCCGUAUGUUUUCAUUCUUAUGUGUUACAUAAAAAAAUUCAAAUAUGGAAUUUUUAUAUUGAAUCUCAGCCAUAGAUCCUGCUACACCAAGUCGUUAAAGUAGCUAUAUUUUUUGGUAUAUAGUUUGAUUUGUUUUUGUGUUGAGUUUACAUUCUUAGUUCAAGUAAAAAAGAUGUACUAGUUAUUUAUUCUCGUUACUUUUUCGACAUAACUUUUUAUUAUAACGUUGACGUCGUGUAUGAUAAUAUUUUAUGCAAGCCUAUCUAGUAUGUGACAAAAAAUGUUUCCAAAUGAGCCGAGCUGAGUUUUGACCUAGCACAGGCUCAACCAAUUAAUUAACGAACAAGUCAAGUUCGAACUCAAGUUGCUUAUUGAAAUCUCGAACUCGUGUUUGACUCGAGGUCAACUCGAACUCGACUCAUUGUUAAGCUCAACUCGAGCUCAACUCAUUGUUUACUUAUUAUACGAUAUAUGACUCCCCAUCCACUCCAUGAAGAGCCUAGAGAGACAAUCGAACCACCACCAAGAAAAUAUUCUUUGGUGCACACUCAUCAAUCACCGUUUAUAUCAUUGACUACGGCACUGAGCCAAAAGCUAGCUAGCAGCGCAUGUGAAAAACCUUCUGCUAGCUUCUGGACCAUUUCCUGUGUAUUUUCCCUUUUGAAAUGUCUCAUUCUGGGGCAUGCACCAUAAAUCCAUAAUAAUACUAUAAUAUAAUAUAAUAGUGUUUGAUUCGAGUUUGGCUCAUCAAUUAGCUUGCAAGAUCGACUCGAGUUUCGAUAUCAUGUAAUUUAGCUCGAAGUUUUUAAUUGUGCAUAUCAUGUUAUUUAAAUAAGAGCAAUUUAUGAUACAUAAUUGAUUUUUUUAAAUUAUAAAUGAGACACAUUUAAUGCGUGCUCAAAUUCUUAAAUAUCACAUGUGGCAAGAUAUGUAAUCUAACAAAUAUGUGAAUUAUCAACAAGCCUAUAAUAAACCAUUAGUCGACUUCCUUCAUAAGUUACUAGUUGAGGUGGUUGUCGAGCGAGCUCGUGACUCAAAUCAAGCAAAACUUACGAGUUGAACUCAACAAACCAUCCAACCAAAAAUGGCUCACGAAACUCAGCUCGUUGACAUACGAGCUGAAAGUUCUUUUUGCUAGCUAGCCAGCUAGUUUAGCCCAAACCUAGUCGAGAGAGGAUCAAUAUGUUUGGUGUAACAUACUAUUACUAUCUCCACGGACUGACAUGGUUGUAUCCUUCCUAGUUCUCUUUAGAGGGAAAGUAAAUGAAAUGUAUGAACAGUA